AUGCAAUGCGAUAAUGUAAUUUGGGAUUGUUGUGGAAAGCUGUUUUGCUCUUAUAAGUCCAAGUUCAAAACAACAGUACUAUGUAAAAACAAGUACAAUGUAACAGGGCUUUGCACUAAGUCCAACUGCCCUUUAGCUAACGGAUACUAUGCAACAAUUAUAGAAGAUAAUGAAAAAUGUUAUCUUUACCUGAAAACACCAGAAAGAGCCAACACUCCAGCUAAAAUGUGGGAAAAAAUCAAACUUGAUGCAAACACAGUAGAGGCCUUCAAACAGAUUGACCGAUCGAUGAAAAACGUGUAUAAAGAAUAUUUAAUCCAGCGAUGUAAACGCAGAUUGUGUCGUAUUCGCGAAUACUUACAAAAAUCGCGGGCACUCGCAGAAAAAGAACGUCCAGUGCUUGUUACAGAGUCGAAAAAACUAGCGAAGAGAGAAAGUUCACGAGAAAUUAAAGCGCUUCGGGCUGCGAAAAUCACCACUAAUUUAGAGCAAGAACUGGUCAAACGACUUAAAUCUGGUUACUAUUCAGAAAUUUAUAACUUUAAUAAAGCUCAAUUUGACGAAGUUCUCGACGAAGCGAACGAUCAAAAUGACAUGUUGGAGGAUCUUGAAACUGAAGAAUUCUCAGAAGAUGAAAUACUUGAAGAAAAUAUUGAAAUUGAGGACUUGUGA